AUGAAGCAUUAUCCAUCAAACAACGACAUGAUUUUGAAUGUUUCUUUUGUUGACAAGUUUGCCGUAGAUCAGUCAUUUAUUGAGCUUAAAUCUAAUGAGAAUUUCAUGGUAAUGCUAAACAUUGCUCAAAAUGAAGUCAUCAAUGAACCGCAUGUUGAGGAUGAACCACAUGGUGAGGAUGAUUCAGACUAUUGUCCAAGUGAAGAGAGUUAUCACAUCCACUUUAGUAGCGAUAAUGAAAAUGAACUAUUGAACGAGGAACUAGAAGGUUACGCAGAUAUCAAGAAAAAUCCCAUCAUGAAAGUGCAUUCAAAGUUUCCAAACGUUGUCGAAUUCAGAAGAGCUUUAAACCAUCAUGCUCUUAUAAAUGAAUUCGAGUACUUCAUCGAGAAAAGUGAACCGAGGCGAUUCACAGCAAGCAAUAAGGGUGGUAAUAAGUGUGCCACUCAAGGAUGGAUUGCGGAAGCUGUUAAGGACAAGCUGAAAUCUGAUGGUGAUGUAUCACCUGCAGAUCUCAAGAAGUGGCUAAUGAAAACUUACAGUGUCGAGAUUCCAUACCUUAAAGUUUAUAGAGGGAAGGAGCAAGCUUACACGGAUAUGUAUGGAAAGUGGGAGGACUCUUUCUUAAAGAUGGACAUUUUCAAAGAGGAGCUGAUAAGUAGGAAUCCAGGAAGUGUUGUUGAGAUUGACUUCGAAAUAGAUGGCGAUAAGAAACGUUUCCUUCGUUUUUUUAUUUUAUUAGCUGCUUGCUCUAAGGGGUUUCUUGUGGGUUGUUGUCCUUACAUUAGUCUUGAUGCAUGUCACCUAAAAGGAAAGUUUAAUGGUGUACUCGCUGCUGCCACAGGUAUUGACGGUAACAAUUCCAUUUUUCCAAUAGCAUAUGGUGUGCUUGAAUCAGAGAAUACAAAGUCAUGGACAUGGUUUCUUGAGUCAUUGAAAAAAGCAAUUGGGACACCAAAUGGUCUUGUUAUCUCUUCAGAUAUGCAAAAAGGAUUAGAAGGGGCUAUUAUACGUAUGCAAUAA